AUGGAGACCAUUAGCAACAUCACAAAUGCGGCGAGCAAGGCCAUCUGGGGUACGAACGAGGCUAACGAGGAGCCCGUUUCUGGUGUCAAGGGAAACACCAACCAGGGCGAACCGUAUGAUGCGGGCAACAUCGAGGACCCUCUGGUCAAGGAGAAGAAGGCCAACGUGGCGGACGCCAACACUGCCUCUGGCACGACUGGUUCAGCGUCGACCUCCGAGCCCACCACGACUACGGGCCUGACUACAACCGUUACUCCCAGCACAACCACUGCGUCGACCGAGCCGACUGGCACUUCUGCAACGGACGACCCAUUGAAGCACAAGUCGACUCCUACGGAGAGCACCUUGACAGAUAGGUCUCGUGCCACCGAAGAUGUCACUACUCACAAGUCGUUUACGACCGAAGACUCCGCCAAGCACAAGGAGGACAUUGGCAAGCCCGAGUUGAAAAACACUUCUCCCGAUGACGUGCCCCCGGCCGACAGCGCCGCUGGGAAGACGGAUACACGCCACCCUGCCGACCCCGCUACCGACCCUGCGCCCAAGGGCCAGGAUGUCAACAACAAGGCUUCCGGCCCCACUAGCGGAGGUGACAAGCUUGACGGCCCGGGUCCGAGACCCUUAGAAAUUGUUGCCAAGGAGCGUGGAGGUGACGCCGGUAAUGCCAAAGACUCGGCCAAGGGCGGUCUGAUCAAGGACGACUCAGCCUCAGGUCUCGAGGACAAGAAGAAAGAUGACCCCAAAGCAGCCAGCAGUGGUGACGGCACCGGCGAGAAGUAUAUCAAGACCUCGGGCCUGGCUGUCGAUGGUGGCGACUUUGACGCAACCAAGCCUGGCGCUGGCCGCGAGGCAGACCGUCUUCUGGACGAGAAGGACCCUGCCCACGCUGCCGCCAAAGCCGCCGUCGCCAACUCUAGCAGCGACAAGACAGGUGACAAGACCAACGAAGAUCGCACCCACAACCCCCACGCGGGCUCCGAGAAAGAGAAGGAGAGUUUCAAGGACAAGAUCAAGGCAAAGCUCCACCGCCACUAG